UCAAUACCCCCUUCGUCUUCACAAAAACUCAUCAUGUCCAAGGUCGCAUCUACCUUCUCGCGCCUCGUGCGCUUCGUCCCCAAGUCGAACCCUUCUAAGGUUCUGAUCGGUGAGCCAGUCGACGCCGCCGUGGAUGUUGGAUUGGCCGUCUACCAGGGCAAGGAUGUCGCUGUGCGCCCUUUCUCUGGUAGCUCCGUUCUCAGCCCCGGCCAGAAGACCGACUCGACCGAGACCAUUGAGCGCGUUCUCUCGCCUCUGGCGCAGAGCGAAGUCGGCUCCAUCAGAUGCAUUGGACUGAACUAUGUCUCCCACGCCGCUGAGAUGAAGCUGUCUAUCCCCGAUGUUCCCACUCUUUUCAUGAAGCCCUCGACUGCCCUGUCGGACCCCUGGCCCGCCCCGACCGUUCUGCCCAAGCUCACCCAGAUCGACAACACGGGUGACUACGAGUCGGAGAUGGUCAUUGUGAUCGGUCGUGAUGCGAAGGAUGUCAGCGAGGCCGAGGCCCUCGACUACGUGCUCGGAUAUACCGCGGCCAACGAUAUUUCUAGCCGCACCUACCAGAUGAACCAGAGCCAAUGGUGCUUCUCCAAGGGCUUCGACACCUCCUGCCCCAUCGGUCCCGUCCUCGUUUCCGCUGCCCAGGUUCCCGAUGCCAGCAAGUUCCACAUUCGUGGAUCGAAGAACGGAAAGGUCCUUCAGGAUUGCCCCUUGACUGACCUGAUCUUCAACGUGCCCCAGCUCGUCAGCUUCCUGUCCCAGGGCACCACCCUGCCUGCCGGUACUAUCAUCCUCACCGGUACUCCCCCCGGUGUUGGCGCCGCUAAGAACCCCAAGGAGUUCUUCAAGCACGGCGACGAGUUCGCCGUCGAGCUGCAGCCUCACGUCGGCACCCUCAUCACGAAGAUUGAGAACCAGGCAUGAAUACUAUGGUAAUGGUACUAUGAGACGGGUGGGGAUUAACGGAUUACGAUGAGACAUACUACAAGAAUAGCAUAGAGAUGUAUAUACUGU